AUGCAGCUGAAGUGUAGUGUAUUGAUUGAUUCACGCACACUUUUCACAUCGAAAUUACGACAGCGAUACAGUAAAGGAAUUCUGAUUCUAAGAAGCAGAAAAGUGAGUAAAAUAGGCGAGUGUGAAUUAAUUAUAACUACUCCUCGAGACAAAAAUGGACGACUUUUCACUAUUACUAGAAGAAGUGUUAAGCGAAUUCAUUCUACAAAAAUGCAGUCUGGAUCUGUUACGAUAGAAAUGAACAAUCCGUCAGUCUUAAUUUGUAUAAAAGAGGCGCCAGUUUCUUCACUUCAUAAUUUCAUUUCAAAACUGCAGAAAAUAUUGGCAGGUGAAGAAAUUGUUUUAGACGAUGAGAAAGAAGUUGCAUUCUCUAGUUUCGCCUCAUUUCGGCGAAAACUAAUUAUGACCAGCAGAAAGCAAUACAGCGAAUAUAAAUUGGGAUUUUCGCAUUAUUUACUAGAGUUGAUAAUAUCAAGCAUUGGUUUGACUGGUGUUGACACUCGUUGGUUUGGAGCUACUUCUCUUCGCGUACUUGAUCUCAGCGGUAAUAAGCUUGGUAAAUCAAAUUCUUUCCAAAUCAAAUUCCUGAAUAUUGUUCGAUUACAGCAUCUCAGAGUACUUGUACUUGCUGAUAACGAAAUACAAUGCAUUUCGGAUGAUUUAUGGAACGCUUUACCAGAAAAUUUGUUAUCAUUGGAUUUGUCGAACAAUCAGAUCUCUUAUUUGUCGCCGUGUUGCACGCGGUUCCCAGAAAUGACUCAUUUAUUGCUCAGCCAUAACAGAAUUGAGGAAUUGCCACGAACUAUAAAUAGUUUGACAAAGUUGAAAUAUUUGGAUAUUAGCUGGAAUAAAUUAAAAUUCUUGCCUUCGGAAAUAAAGGAUCUCUCACUUGAGAUGAUUGAUGUGACUGCUUAUAACGGUGACGAGAAACUAAAAGUACAUGAUACUCUUAAUCAGUUACUUGAAAUAGACACCCCAAUGGUUAAGCUUGGCACACUGUUCGAAUAUGCUGCUGCUGCUGUUUUAAAUUACAGAAUCAGUACGAAUUCUCUACCGGAUUCACUGCGCAUAAUGAUACAACAAGCAGUUCAGAAUUGUAAAAAUAAACUGGGAGGAGGCUAUAGAUUUUAUCCUGCUAGUAUUGUUACUGCAAGGUAUCGUAUCGAAGAUGUACGAUCUCUGGCACUUCAAGCAGUUUCACGAACUCAUUAUAGUGUGAUUUUGCAAGAGAAGGAGGGGAACUUAGUCCGUCCUCGAAAGUUGACAAUAACCUGUGCAACUUUCGAGGCUGUUUUUCCCGAGGUGAUCGUUUUGUUUGGUCGUCCUACGGUUGUUAACUAUUUGAAACAAGUUGGAAGGCCGAUGUUGGUUGAGCCGUCUGACAAUACAGAUGAUCCCAAACAAAUUUGGCAAAAUAAACUCUGCGAUAUUGAGUCAUUGCUACUUGAAGCUGACGUUUUAUUUUGUGAUAUAGAAGGCAUUGGAAAAUAUAAAAAAAAAUUGAAAAAUGAAAGGAAAUUUUUGACUGCUCUAAAAAAUCUAUCGGUCAGUGAAUUGAGGAAAUAUUCGGAUACUACCAAUAUAACGCAUCUUCGAAGUUUGCUUAAUGUGGCAAAGAAAUAUUCUUGUUGUGCCUUUUACAAAAGCUUCGCUGCAUCGCAAAGGAAAUCAAAGCGAGAGAUUGAUUUAGUGGUAGAUGGCGGCGCUGCAUGGGUGAAAGUGAUAUCUAGAAAUGUUAGAGGUCUUGCUAUGGAUUUUAUUGGUGCCAGUGGAAGUGCUAACCGUUCCGUUAUUGAGCAAGCACAAAAUUACAUUGAGGUAGCUCGAAGUCAUCUUCAUUUCUUCAAAGUGCCAAAAAUAAUAUUUGAAUUCGUGCAUGGUGUUCCAGACUUGUUGCAGCAUAAACUUGAAUCAUUUGGAAUUGAAGUUGUUGGUGAUAUGGUGAACAUUAACGAAUUCAUAAAAUUGCCAGUUGAUUUUGCUUCAUAUGACAGUGAUGAUAUUUACGGCGGUACACCAUCUGUUUUGAAAAACGAAUGCCUGAAAACAGAAGAUUGCAUUGUAGAUACCGUUAAUCUUGAUAUCAGUAGUGUAUUUGCUCUUAUUUCAUCUUUAACGCAUAGAAAUGGUGCUAAUUAUAACUAUGCUAGUCGGUUACUAAAUUCUCAAGCUCAAGCUGAAAGGAAGAAACCUGCUCUUCCUCCACUACUGAAAGCUAUUAAAGAUUCAAAGUUGAUAAUUUGUCAAACAGCAUAUGAUUCUGUGCAGUCAAUUUUGAAUACAGUGGCGGGACCGCAGGAGAGAAUACGUGCCAAAGAGUUAUUCGAAAAAGUUGAAAUAGUGGAAGAUAAAUUAUCAGAACGAGCAGCUAGACUAAAAUUAAGUGAUAGAAUCAGUCAGAGAUCUAAAAUAAUAUUUGGUUCUGGUGAUUAUUACAAAGCAGUUACAGUUACUGCCAAUCGUCAUUUUGUUUAUGCGGCCGCUCAUCAGGAUAUUCAUUUCGCUGUUAUUAUACAUGAAUCGAGAGCACUAAGUGAACAGAAGCAACGAGAUUUAAGGAGUUAA